AUGCCCGAAAGAAGGAGGAGUCGGCGUUCGGACUUCGCCAUGCUCAAGCAGUCUCUGGGCGACGAGAUCGAGUUCUCCACGAAGGACAUGGCGGCGGCCAAGACGUCUUCGGCCGCCAGCAGCGAGGCAAAGUCGGACGCCGAGGGCGCGUUGGCCGCGACGUCCAAGGACCUGGCGGAAGACGAGGCGUCGCUUGCCGCCGCCACCAAGGACUGCGCCUCGCACGCGGACGACUACGCCGCCGAGGUGCGGAGCCGUGCAGAGGAGCUCGCGGCGGUGCAGUCCGCGAAGAAGGUGCUGUCCGAGACCACGGGCGGCGCCGCCGGGGUCGCCUACGGCCUGGACCAGACCUCGGCGCCGUCCUUCCUGCAGCUGGGCCGGACCAGGUCCUCCCUGUCGUCCAGCGCGGACCUGGCCAACUUCGAGGCCGUGCGCUUCGUGCGGGAGCUCGGGCGCAAGUACCACUCGCCGGCCCUGGCGCAGUUGGCCAAGCGCAUGACUUCGGCGGUGCGCUUCAGCGCCACUAGCGGAGAGGACCCCUUCAGCAAGGUGAAGGGACUUAUCUCUGACAUGAUCGCCAAGCUUGAGUCCGAGGCAGGCGCCGACGCUCAGCACAAGGCAUACUGCGACAAGGAGACGUCUGACACCAACGCCAAGAAGGACGAGAAGAGUACUGCGAUCGAGAAACUCACCACCAAGAUCAACCAGAUGUCCGCUGACUCUGCUGCGCUCAAGGACAGCGUUGCCACACUGCAGAAAGAGCUGGCCGAGCUCGCAGCCUCGCAGGUCGAGAUGGACGCCCUGCGGAAGUCCGAGAACGAGCUAUUCCUGACGUCGAAGAAGGGGCUCACGGAAGGCAUCUCGGGGGUGCAGGUGGCGCUGAAGACGCUGCGUGAGUAUCCCUGUGGAGGCCAAAGACCACGAGGCAGCUUCGGGUGCGGGCACCUCCAUCAUUGGCUUGCUCGAAGUAUGCCUGUCUGA